AUGGCGUCCCCAGUCCUGCCAGGCACCAGUCAGACAUUCCCCCAGUCCUGCCAGGCACCAGUAGACAUUCCCCCAGUCCUGCCAGGCACCAGUCCAGACAUUCCCCAGUCCUGCCAGGCACCAGUCAGACAUGCCCCAAGUCUACCGACCAGUCCAGACAUGCCCCAGUCCUGCAGGCACCAGUCAGACGCUCCCAGUCCUGCCAGGCACCAGUUCAGACAUGCCCCCAGUCCUGCCAGGCACCAGUCCAGACAUUCCCCAGUCCUGCAGGCGCAGUCCAGAAAUUCCCCAGUCCUGCCAGGCACCAGUCCAGACAUUCCCCAGUCCUGCCAGGCACCAGUCCAGACAUGCCCCCAGUCCUGCCAGGCACCGAGUCAGACAUCUCUCAUGCCUGGGCACCAGUCCGAAUGCCCCGUUCCUGCCAGGCACCAGUCCAGACAUGCCCCCAGUCUUGGCAGGCGCCAGUCCGGCACAUGCCCCCAGUCCUGCCAGGCGCCAGUCCAGACAUGCCCCCAGUCCUGCCAGGCACCAGUCCAGACAUGCCCCAGUCUUGCCAGGCGCCAGUCCAGACAUGCCCCCAGUCCUGCCAGGCACCAGUCCAAACAUGCCCACCUCCUUGAAGCUAACCAUUAA